AGCUGCAUUAUUAACAAGCCUGUGUUUGUGUGUUGUGUUUGCAGAUGGCCCGGAGUUAACAAGACAUGCUGCAGAACACCAUGCCUCACUUUCCCACGGCCCUGAAUGGUGGGCCAAAUAUGUGGGCGAUCACUACGGAGGAGCGGGCCAAACACGACAAGCAGUUUGCCAGCCUGAAGCCAAUUGGUGGACUGAUUACCGGGGACCAGGCAAAAAACUUCUUUUUACAAUCAGGGCUUCCUCCAGCCGUUCUCGCUGAAAUAUGGGCUCUGUCCGACCUCAACAAAGAUGGCAAGAUGGACCAGUUGGAGUUCUCCAUCGCUAUGAAAUUCAUCAAACUCAAGCUGCAAGGCCAGAAUUUGCCAAUGAUCCUUCCACCUGUAAUGAAGCAGCCACCCGUCUUUUCGCCACUAAUGUCCUCCCGCUACGGAAUGGGAAGUAUGCCAAACUUGUCCAUGCCACCAUCUAUGCCCUCGCUCUUACCCAUUGCACCCACCACUACGCUGACCUCAUUGGGCUCUCUGCCACCGUUGGCUAUGUCUAGUCCCUUGAUGUCUUCUGUCGGCUCAUCGUCAACAUUGCCAAAUGGAACAUCCAGUCUCUUGUCCUCUUUCCCUUUGUCUUCAACACUGCCCCACAACAGCUCACUGUCUCUAAUGACCGGAGGAUUCGGCGGCUCUAGCAUGCAGAAGGCUCAGUCUCUCAUAGACCUGGGCUCCAGCAGUUCUAAUUCCUCGUCUACCACUUCACUGACUGGUAAUUCUCCUAAGACCAGUAGCCUGGACUGGGCUGUCCCACAGGCCGCCAGGCUGAAGUACAGACAGAAGUUUAAUGGUCUUGAUAAAACCAUGAGUGGUUACCUGACCGGGUUUCAAGUGAAGAAUGCACUCGUACAAUCCAACCUUUCCCAGACCCAACUGGCCACUAUAUGGUCUCUUGCCGAUAUCGAUCGUGAUGGGAAGCUGAAAGCAGAUGAGUUUGUGCUGGCAAUGCAUUUAACUGACAUGGCAAAAGCCGGCCAGCCUCUCCCGUUGACUCUGCCCCUCGAUUUUGUACCCCCUUCAUUCCGUGGUUCAGAUUUCAUCAAUGGAACACUGCCCACCUACCAUCUGAUGCAGGAAGAGGAUCCCCCUCAGAAGAAGACAACAGCAACCUUUGAAGAAAGGAGAAAGGAGAACAUGGAGAGAGGUAACCAAGAACUGGAGAAGAGGCGCCAGUUCCUGCUUGAGCAGCAGCAGAGGGAGGCUGAACGAAAGGCUCGGAAGGAAAGAGAAGAACAGGAGCGCAGAGAGAGAGAGCAGCAAGAGCAGGAACGCAAGAAGCAGCUGGAGAUGGAGAGGCGUCUGGAGAAACAGCGUGAACUUGAGAGGCAAAGGGAGGAGGAGAAGAGGAAGGAGAUUGAGAGGAGAGAGGCAGCAAAGCAAGAGCUGGAAAGGCAGAGGCAGCAAGAACUGGAGAGGAUUCGCCGCCAAGAGCUGUUCAAUCAGAGGAACAGAGAGCAAGAGGAAAUCAUCAGGCUGAAGUCUAAGAAGAAGAGCUUGCAGUUGGAGCUGGAAGCCCUGGAGGAAAAACAUCAGCAGAUCACACUCAGGGUCCAGGAUGUCCGAGGUAGAAAGCAAAUUAAGAAAAAUGAGUUGGAAAAUAUAGAUAACAAAUGUGAUCUGGGAAUUAUAGAGAUCAAGCAACUCCAGCAGCAGCUCCAGGACUAUCAGAAUAGGUUGAGCAGUCUUGCCCCAGAAAAGCAAGCCCUGAAUGAGCAGAUUAAACAGUUUCAGAUGAGUAAUAACUCUAAUGCCGGUUUGUUUGGCCUUCAUAAGAAGACGGCAGAGAAGGAUGGCAUAUGCCAGAGGCUGCGGGAGCAGCUGGAUGCUCUGGAGAAAGAGACUUCCUCUAAAAUCAAAGAGAUGGACUCCUUUAACAACCAGCUGAAGUGUGAGAAUAUGGAUGACUCUGUUCUGCAGUGCCUUUUGUCUCUCCUCAGCUGUCUCAACAAUCUCUUCCUCUUACUUAAGGAAUUAAGAGAAAGCUACAACAAGCAGCAGACUGCACUCCACCAAUUGCAGAAAAUCAAGCAAGAAAAACUGCAGGAUCUGGAGCGCAAAAAAGCUGAGAUGGCUCAGAAGAAGAAGGAGGACGAUGAGGCGGCAAGGAGAGCAAAACAGGAGAAAGAGAACCUGUGGAAGGAGCAAGUAAAGAGGGAGGAAGAGGAGAAGCAGAACCGCCUAGGGGAAGAGCGUAGAAAGGAACAGGAAGCUGAGCAGAGGAGGAAACUGGAAGAGGAGAAACGCAAACAGGCCGAGCUCAAAAGAGAAGCCGAGGAGAAGAAGAACAGAAAAUCUUCUGUGUUUGUGAAUUACAAAGCGCUGUACCCAUUUGAGGCCAGAAAUACAGAUGAACUGAAUUUCAAUGCGGGCGACAUACUUCAGGUGGAUGAGAAGAACGUUGGGGAGCCAGGCUGGUUGUACGGCUGCUGGAGUGGAAAUGUGGGCUGGUUUCCAUCCAAUUAUGCGGAAAGAUUGGCAGAGGCUGAGAAAUCAUUGUCUCCUAAGAAGGCCUUAUUGCCUCCAUCCAUCUCUGUGUCAUCUACCUCAGCACCAGACAAGUCGCUCUCGCCAACGAAACCCUCAGAAGGGGAUAAUAAGGAGUAUCCAAAUAUGCCUUUCUCUAGCCUUAAUGUCAGCUCAUCAUGGCAGAAGACAUCUGCAUUUACACGCACUAUCUCUCCAGGCUCUGUCUCUCCUAUUCACGGGCAGGGUCAGCCGGUGGAGGCGGUAAAGGCUCAAGCACUGUGCUCAUGGACUGCAAAAAAGGACAACCACUUGAAUUUUACCAAAAACGAUAUCAUCACCGUGUUGGAGCAGCAAGAGAACUGGUGGUUUGGCGAGGUUCGGGGGCAGAAGGGAUGGUUUCCUAAAUCCUAUGUGAAGAUUCUACGGGGAAGGGAAAAUAAGACCCCUGAACCAGAACCCGUGUAUGCUGCUGUGAAGAGAAAACCAUCAACCCCUUCAUAUACCCCUGCAGAAGAUUUCGUGGCGCUGUACCCGUAUUCCAGCACAGAACCCGGUGACUUGACAUUUAAUGAGGGCGAUGUGAUCCAGGUGAUACAGAAGGAUGGCGAGUGGUGGACGGGGACCGUUGGUGACAGAAGUGGGAUAUUUCCAUCAAACUACGUGCGCCCGCGAGAUCAGGAGGGUCCAAGCAGUGCUGGAAAAACUGGGACAUUAACCAAAAAGCCUGAGAUUGCUCAGGUCACCACCGCGUACACUGCGACAGGAUCAGAGCAGCUUAGUCUGGCUCCAGGGCAGCUGAUACUUAUAUUAAAGAAGAAUGCAUCAGGAUGGUGGCAAGGUGAAUUGCAGGCACGAGGGAAGAAGAGGCAGAAGGGCUGGUUUCCAGCUACCCACGUCAAGUUAUUAGGACCAACUAAUGACAAGACAGCUCCCGCUUUCAACCCAGUGUGUCAGGUCAUAGCAAUGUAUGAGUAUGUCGCCAAUAAUGAGGAUGAACUGAACUUCAACAAAGGACAGCUCAUCAAUGUCAUUAGCAAAGACGAUGCAGACUGGUGGCAAGGAGAAAUCAACGGGGCCACCGGGCUAUUUCCUUCCAACUACGUCAAGAUGACAACAGAAUGUGACCCCAGCCAGCAGUGGUGCGCUGACCUGCAGUUGUUGGACACCAUGCAACCCAUGGAGCGAAAGAGGCAAGGCUACAUCCAUGAGCUUAUCCAGACUGAAGAGAGGUAUAUGGAUGACCUUCAGCUUGUGGUUGAGGUGUUCCAGAAGCCAAUGGCGGAGUCCGGCCAUCUGAGUGAAUCUGACAUGGGUUUAAUAUUUGUUAACUGGAAGGAAUUAAUAUUGUCCAACACAAAACUACUGAAGGACCUACGAGUGCGUAAGAAGAGCGGGGGUGAAAAGAUGCCGGUCCAGAUGAUUGGCGACAUUUUGGCCACGGAGCUGACGCACAUGCAGGCCUAUAUCCGAUUCUGCAGCUGCCAGCUGAAUGGAGCUUCUCUCCUGCAGUCGAAAACAGAUGAAGAACCAGAAUUUAAAGAUUUCCUGAAGAGAUUAGCCACAGACCCUCGCUGUAAGGGGAUGCCCUUAUCCAGCUUCCUGCUGAAACCUAUGCAGAGGAUAACACGAUAUCCACUCAUCAUAAGGAACAUCUUGGAGAACACUGUGGAGUCUCACCCAGAUCACGCCAAUCUGAAGUUUGCCCAGGAGCGAGCGGAGGAGCUGUGUUCUCAGGUCAAUGAGGGGGUGAGAGAAAAGGAGACCUCGGACAAGCUGGAGUGGAUACAGGAGCAUGUUCAGUGUGAAGGACUAUCUGAGCAGAUCACUUUUAACUCCCUGACCAACUGCCUGGGGCCGCGGAAGAUCUUGCACAGCGGCAAAGUUUACAAGACCAAGAGCAGUAAGGAGCUGUAUGGGUUCCUUUUCAACGACUUUCUCCUUCUCACCUACAUGGUCAAACAGUUUGUGUCCUCCGGAUCCGACAAGCUGUUCAGCACUAAGAGCAACGCGCAGUACAAGAUGUACAAAAUGCCAAUUUUCCUAAAUGAAGUUCUGGUGAAACUGCCAAGUGACCCGUCCAGCGAUGAGCCCGUCUUUCACAUAUCGCACAUAGACCGGGUGUACACCCUCCGAACUGACAACAUCAAUGAAAGAACUGCCUGGGUUCAGAAAAUCAAAGCCGCCUCUGAGAAUUUCAUCGACACAGAGAAGAGGAAAAGGGAAAGGGCAUAUCAAGCGCGGUCUCAGAAGUCCUCCGGCAUUGGACGUUUAAUGGUGCAAGUCAUUGAGGCAACUGAGCUAAAGGCCUGCAAACCAAAUGGAAAGAGUAAUCCAUACUGUGAGGUCAGCAUGGGAUCCCAGAGCUACACCAGCCGCGCAAUGACUGACACCCUGAACCCAAAGUGGAACUUUAACUGUCAAUUCUUCCUGAAGGAUCUGUACCAGGAUGUGCUGUGCAUCACAGUGUUCGAUCGAGACCAGUUCUCCCCCGACGACUUUUUGGGCCGUACGGAAGUCCCGGUGGCGAAGAUCCGGACAGAACAGGAGAGUAAAGGUCCGACCACUAAACGUUUACUGCUCCAUGAAGUGCCAACAGGGGACGUGUGUGUGAGGUUGGACCUUCAGCUGUUCUGAGGGAUGAGAACUCUUCACCAUUACAGCUGUGUUCUAUCACGUGC